AUGAAAAUCAAUUUAGAAAAUUAUAAAAGUAGAUGCUCAAUUUUAGAGAAUAAAUUAAAAUAAACUCAGUAAUGUAAAUUAAUAUUUUUAGAGAUGAAUCAAAAUGCUUAGAAUUAUAAAGAAAAAUAAAAAAAUAAAAUGAUUAAAUCGAGUUAUUGAAGAAAGAAAACUAUGAUAUGAAAUAAUAGUUGAAUUUAUAUAAUAAUCUUAGUAGCAUUCAUUAAAUUUAACAAGAAGAUAAAUUAUUAUUUCAGAAUAAGUAAUUAAAUUUAUAAUUAUAAUAGAGAUAAAUUAAAUGAAACUAUUUAAGAGUUAGAAUAUGAAAAUAAAUAUUUAUAAUAAGUUAUAGAAAUUGAUAAAUAAAAGAUGAAUAAUAUAGAAGAAAAACUUAAUUUAUUAACAAAAGAGAAUUAGAGAUUGACAGAAAUAGUUAAAAAUCGUCAUAAAUAAUGA